GACCAUGGUGCCGCCGACAUGGUAGGAAGACGAGGUAGGGGUUCAACAAGGCAAGAAGACCUCGUGCUAGUUGCAGACAACCAAGGAUGUAAUCCUGGCCCGCAGGACAGACCUUCGUGUUCGACGACAAGAUUCAACAUUCACCACACUGUCACGAUACACACGCGGUUGAAGGACUUCGGUAUGCCCAACCUUUUUGCGCCGGCCGUGAUGAUGGGGCGUAGUGCAAGACUUCCGUGGACCCCGUUGUGCACGGUGAGACUGCUGGGGAAGACGUGUCUGCAGCGAGGUAAUUCCAUAUUUUGAAAUGUUUGAUGCUCAUCCUACGAUCAAAAUCUUUUAGUAUCAGGAUUUUUUCACGUCUGUGAUGCAGCCUGAAGAGAUUCUAUGGAGAAAGUGAUGGAACGAUUGAUGAUGCUUCCGUAGUUCUACUGAUCCCGUAGUACUUCUCUUCUGCCGUGCUAGACGUUUCAUCGUGGAGAUGUGAAAAAAUUGAAAUGAUUCUUGAUUUUCUGAGACUGAAAGAAUAACACAAAUCUGGAUGAAUCCGAAAUCAAAAUUGUCAAGGUACUUACUGGACAUGGAUAGGACGGCAGCUGAAGAGACCUUCUGCUGACAUCGUAUUGGACCUGAAGAUGCUGUGACUGACGUGCCCGUGUUGUUGGACGACUUGCAAAAUUGAACUUGCGCUUCGAUCUAUAUAGUCUUGAACACCAAUCUCAUAAAGCAUGUGUAGACCUCACAGAAAGCCGGACUUCACAGUCGAAGGAAAGCUGUUUAUGUCGAGUUUCACUCCGUGUAUCAUCCUAGGAUAGCGAGUAGGAGGAUCGAGCGCAACAGGCAGAUUUAGACCAUUCAGAAAGCAGCUUCAAUGUGAAGACAUGAACACUUCGUAGUGUAAAAACAUACUUACGUACGGCUGCCGGAAAGAUAAAAUCAAAAAUCGAAACAAAAGCGAUCUGCGUAGUGAUUAUUUGUCGUUUUGGCAGGCAGGUGAAAAAGUGUGCUGCCGCCGUGCAGUAGUAAGAGCUGUUGUUGUAUCGGCAGCUCCCAUUAGAGAGAGCCCCCGC